AUGUCGACCGAGGCAACAGACAUUUCUCAGCUUUCCCCUAGCCAGCAAACCACCCUCCAGACCUAUAUUGCCGUCACCGGGCAGGAUGAAUCAGCCGCUGUUCCACUGCUUCAGCGGUCGGAAUGGAAUGUCCAGAUUGCGAUAACUAAAUUCUUUGAUGGCGAGGUCCCGGAUCCUGUUGCAGAAGCACAGGCUGCCAUGGACACCCCUCCUGCGUACCCAUCCCGAAUCGCACGAAAUCUGAUGAAUGGCGAUGACGAUAUACCUCUCAGCAGCUCUUAUUAUGCACGACGCACAGCUGAACUGGCUCCACGAAUAACCUCCCAACCAGUGGACCAACCAGUCUAUCGUCCUCCAUUUUUACUGGCCAUCCUUUUCACACCGUUUAGUUUCCUUUACAAAUUAUUGAUCAGCUCAUUUCGCCUUUUUGGAGCUCUGUUCCCGUUUCUACCGCGAUUGUUGAGUAAUUCUGCAGCGGCUGGAGUUCAAGGAGUAAGACGAGAUACCAGUGGGAGAAGGCCGUUGGGGCCUAAGGACUCUGCCCUGAGAUUCAUCCGGGAAUUUGAAGAAGAAUAUGGAAGCCAUGCUGUUCCCUUCCUGGAAAAUGGGUAUAAUAUGGCGCUGGAAAAGGCUCACCAAGAAUUAAAGUACCUGCUUGUGAUCCUGCUAUCUCCAGAACAUGACGAUACCAGCAGUUGGAUCCGAGAUACCAUACUUUCGAAAGAAGUCGUGGACUUCAUAAACGAUUCCAGCAACCAAAUUUUAGUUUGGGCUGGCAAUGUUCGGGACUCGGAGGCCUAUCAGGUCGCCAGCGGCCUUCGAUGCACCAAAUUUCCCUUUUUCGGACUAAUCGUUCAUAACCCGAAUGUGUCUGCAACCGCCAUGUCCGUGGUAGCUAAAGCCUCCGGAUUUACUACUUCCUCAGAACUUAUAGAAAAGCUUCGCUCCGCAAUCACACAGUGCCAAGCUCCACUUGAUCGUGUCCGAGCCACAAGAGCUGAACAGCGGGCGUCCCGAACAAUCCGUCAAGAGCAGGAUUCUGCCUACGAGCGAUCACUCGCACAGGACAGGGAGCGUGCCAGGCAACGACGGGAGGCGGAAGAAGCGCGCCAACGUGAGGAGAACGAAGCACAAGCAAGACGGGCAGCAGCCGAAGAGCUCGCAAGAGAUCUUGAUCAGUGGAAACGAUGGCGAGUUCAGUCGAUACCACACGAGCCGCCUGCAACUGACAAGCAGGCUGUUCGCCUUAGUAUUCGCCUUGCAUCAGGGGACAGGGUGAUUCGCCGAUUUUCUGGAUCGGCAGAUAUUGAGGAACUGUAUGCCUUUGUCGAAUGUUAUGAUAUCCUGCACGCAGAUGGAGACGGGAGCGAAUCUUCAUCUUCAGGAGGUAGUCAACCCCCUGAAGGAUUCGAACACAAGUACGGUUUUCGUCUCGUCUCGCCUAUGCCCCGCGUAGUAUACGAGGUUGAUGCUGGAGGUUCCGUUGGAGAAAAAAUCGGCAAGGGUGGAACUCUAUUAGUUGAAACUAUUGAUGAUGAUGGCGAUGAUUCGGAUCCCGAUGGUGCACAAAUCUCGUAA